CCACGACUCCCUCAUUGGUGGCUCUCCAUGCGCGUUCAAUUACACGCUCACACCGCAUCAGAAUUAACGGGAGAAUAUAGCGUUCGCCGAGGAAGCCGGACCGACGUUUCUCGUGUUUACGCGCAGGCCACUGUAUUUAUUUAUUAACUUAUUUCUAUUUAACUGUUUUGUAUCCGUCGCGAUCGCCCGCAUCAUUUUUAAGUGGUUGUAAUUUAUUUGAAAUGGAAGAAAGAUGUCGUCCAAUGUCGCUGUGCAGUGUUCUUGCUCUGUUCUGUGCGCUGGUGUCCUCGGCUGUGGACAGACAGUAUCUGAACGAAUGGGCGGUGGAGAUUCCAGGAGGAUACGACAAUGCCCGAUCCAUCGCCGACGAGUUCGGAUACGAAUUAGUCCGACAGAUUGGGGCGCUGGAAAACCAUUAUUUAUUCAAGCGGCACAGUCACCCUAGCAGGACCAAAAGAACUGCGGAUCAUAUCACCAAACGUCUGUCGGAAGACGAUAGGGUCUCUUGGGCUGAACAGCAGUAUGAGAAACGGAGGGCCAAACGCGCCCCGCUGGGGACCGAAUGUAAGGACUGCUCAGUGGACAAACUCUUCGACGACCCUAUGUGGAACCAACAGUGGUAUCUGCAAGACACCCGGACGUCAUCCUCCCUGCCCAAACUGGACCUGCACGUGAUCCCGGUCUGGAAGAAGGGCAUUACGGGCAAAGGAGUGGUCAUCACCGUGCUGGACGACGGCCUCGAGUGGAACCACACCGACAUUUACCCUAACUAUGAUCAUGCUGCUAGCUACGAUUUUAAUGACAACGAUCCAGAUCCCUUUCCCAGAUAUGACUCCACCAAUGAAAACAAGCAUGGUACCAGAUGUGCUGGAGAGAUUGCCAUGCAAGCAGACAACAACAAAUGUGGUGUCGGAGUGGCCUACAACUCUAAAGUAGGAGGGAUACGAAUGCUGGAUGGUAUUGUGACAGAUGCCAUUGAAGCCAGUUCCAUUGGCUUCAACCCUGAUCACGUGGACAUCUACAGCGCUAGCUGGGGUCCUAACGAUGACGGGAAGACCGUGGAGGGGCCAGGACGUUUGGCCCAGAAAGCUUUUGAGUAUGGUAUCCAGAAGGGUCGUGGUGGUAAGGGCUCCAUUUUCGUCUGGGCGUCUGGUAACGGUGGUCGUCAGGGCGACAACUGUGAUUGUGAUGGAUACACAGACAGUCUGUACACCAUCUCCAUCAGCAGUGCAUCCCAGCAGGGUUUGUCUCCCUGGUACGCUGAGAAAUGCUCCUCUACGCUGGCCACUGCCUACAGCAGCGGAGACUACACCGACCAGAGAAUUACUAGUGCUGAUUUGCACAAUGAAUGCACAGAGACACACACUGGCACGUCUGCAUCUGCCCCAUUGGCUGCUGGGAUAUUUGCACUGGCUUUGGAGCAAAAUCCUGAUUUGACAUGGCGGGAUCUUCAGCACUUAGUGGUUUGGACAUCUGAAUUUGAUCCACUGGCCAAUAACCCAGGCUGGAAAAGGAAUGGAGCUGGCUUGAUGGUCAACAGUCGGUUUGGGUUUGGUCUCCUGAAUGCAAAAGCUCUAGUAGAUCUGGCCGAUCCCAAUGUCUGGGAGCACGCUCCGGAGAAGAAACAGUGCAUCGUCAGAGAUGAGACUUUCCAACCAAGACCAUUGAAGGCUGCAGGUGAGAUAUCUAUUGAGAUCCCCACUAAGGCCUGCGCAGGACAAGCAAACUCUGUUGCAUCUUUGGAGCAUGUGCAGGUGGAGGUCAGCAUUGAGUACACACGCAGAGGAGACCUCCACAUCACGCUGACAUCUCCAUCAGGUACCACCACUGUCCUGCUGGCGGAGAGAGAGAGAGACACAUCAUCUAAUGGUUUCCGAAACUGGGCUUUCAUGUCUGUGCACACCUGGGGAGAAAACCCCACCGGCACUUGGAUACUGAAGAUUACAGAUACGUCUGGACGGAUGGAGAAUGAGGGUCAGAUUAUCAGCUGGAAGUUGAUUUUGCACGGGACGUCUGAGAAGCCAGAGCACAUGAAGAAGGCAAGGGUUUAUACGCCCUACAAUGCCGUACAAAACGAUCGCAGAGGAGUGGAACCGAUGGAAGACAUGAUCAAGGAAGCUCCGACUCCAGCUCACAAGCCUGAAAGUCCAGUGGUCCCAUCAGCUGCUUCCAUCAGCGCCCCAGCAAAAAAUCCAGAAGCUCCAGGCUCCUCCACUGCCAACCUGGCCCUGCUGCGUCUCCUCCAGUCAGCCUUCAACAGACAAACCCCGGCGGUUCCUCAGCACGCCUUGCCGGUUCCUCCGGCUCCUCCCAAAACCUUUCAGCCCGAGAGGAUCCCCCCGCAGAAGCUGUACCAGGCACUCGACCAGCUAAACCGCUACAGGGGCUCCGAGAACGGCCUGUUCAGUGACUACAGCGACAACUUCUACAGAGCCCAACCGUACAGACACAGAGACGACCGGCUGCUGCAGGCGCUGUUUGACAUGCUCGGAGAUGACCGGCAGUGAGAGGAAGAGUAGGUGAAAGAAGCUGGAUGCCCUGCUGAAAAGACCAGCUUAGGUCCACCAGCGAAACCUAGUUUGUGAAGCUUUUGGUAGUGAUAUAGCAUGUUAAACUGGUCUCGGUGAGUAAGUUAUGCAUCACGAUGUAUAAAACUAGCUGCUACGCUAGUCUUUUCAGCAGGGCGAAGGUGCAUGGAACGAAGUAACUUGAGGGGACUUGAGUUGAUGGGGAUGAAAUAAGAUGCAUUUUGUUCUCUUCCAGACAAGCUUGUUUUUAUCUGCACAUGUAGUUAUCAACUAUAAGCAUUCUACGGCCUGUGUCUGUCAGUGUGAGUGUUUGUAUAUCUGUGGUGAACAGCCAGCUGUAUUUAUCCCUCAGUUUUGAACCAGGUUGCUAAGAUUUAAAACCAGUGACAGGACCAAUUAUGGCGUCUCGUGCCCUUUGCCCUCUUGAUGAUUUUUCCCAUGUUGCCUUCACUGCCACCAACUUCUGCAUGCUACAAAACGUUUACAUUAAGAUAUUAUGAGAUUAACAUUCUACCAUAAAGACGAUGAUUGUAAAUUGUAACGAUUUGUGAAAGUCUUCGCAAAAACAGUUUAAAGGGAAAUUUCACCAAAAAAAAAAAAAAAUUAACCAUUUACUCACCCUCCUGUUUUUUACAAACUUGUUUACUUAAUUUUCUGCCGAACACAGAAGAAGAUAUUUUCAAGAACGUUGCUAACCAAACAGUUUUGGGUCCCGCUGACUUCCAUUAGUAUUUUUAUCGUACUUCGUAAGUCAAUGGUAUUGAAACCAUUAUUCUUCAAAAUAUCUUCUUUCGUGUUUCAAAGCAGGUUUGGAAUAACAUGAAAGUGAGUAAAUUAAUUAAACUUUUUGGUUCAGAUUUGACCCAACUGACCUUCCCAGUGCACAUUUUUGGUGUCAUGGUGCACAAAUCGUGAGGGCACGCUAUUCCAAAUAAAUAAAUGUUUGUCUUAAUAUUUUCGCAAAAUAUAACUUACUCUCCGCCUCUAAAAAGACUUGCCUUUUUUUAAUGAUGUCAUAAUUUUCUCUUCAUUUUUGUGGUUUGUAACAACCACUUUUCGCAAUUCAAAUCAAUACCUAAUAUAACAUAUUAUUCUAGAGCAGGGUUUCCUUACCGGGGUUUGUGGACUCCUAGUAAUUAUUGAUGGAACUACAGGAAGUACCAACGCCAAAUAAAAGAUGCACUAAGGUACUUUAUCUUCUUUAAAAUAUUUAACCUGUAAACAAGAAUUGUAGUCUACUUAAAAUUAUAUACACUGACUGUUUUGUUCUAAAUUGGCCAAGUUAAUAUUGAUUGUGAUAGUUAAUAUAUUUGAUAGUUACAUCUUCAAUACAUCUUCAAUAUUUCAAUCAAAUAUAUUUUUAUUACUUGAAAUAAAAUAAAAUAAUACAGUUUUUUUUUCUUUUAUUUCAAAUGGCAACAUUUCUCCUGAAGUACUAAAGUAACUUAAAUAAAACAAAUAAAAAUGUAUAAAAACUAUAUAGGCAAACACAAAAAUAACUAAAAAUGACAAACAACAAAAUUACUAAAACCUUCAAAUUAAAGUAAAAACAAAAUAUAAAAAU